GUUGUGUUGACGUGUGUAACAAAGCCGCGAAUUCCGAUCGUCACGCAAAUACUGAGGCUGAAAGAUUUAACAACUAUAUCACUAUUUCGUGUACAGAAUGUUUCUCUGGGACUGGUGUGAACCGGUGUUCUCGUAUUUAUUCUCCAAUAGCGAAGACAUGACUUGAAAUGCAGAACACGAGUGUGUGACAUAAAAAUUUAACUCCGAAAGAAUUAUUUGGUAUUGUGAUAUAAUUAAUUAAAAAUAAAAGUUGCUUACUUCUUGAAGUUGUUAGGUUUAUCAGUCACGAGAAUGUCAUUAUACUUCGAUUACAAAGUACAAAACCCCGAUUUAGCAGCUAUAAACUUGGGUGUGGACUGGCAUCAUCAGCAUUCACUGCUAGCAGUCUCUUCAUACAGCGAAAACAAAGGAGGAUUCGUGAGCAUUUACGAUGAACUGGGUGAAGCAUUACCUGAUAUCAGCUGGCCAUCUCAUCCAAUGGCUCAGGUCACAUCUCUUGCUUGGCAUCCACUACGUAAAGCACUUGUAAUUGGUUGGGAAAAUGGAGAGCUUCGUGUGUGGGGUGGUGGUGAUCCAGAAUUUGUAACAGUUCAGUCACCACAUCAGGCACCUGUCACAGUGCUGCAGUGGAGCCAUGCAGGGGGACGACUUGUUUCUGCUGAUGCGGCUGGUGCGUUAUUGGGCUGGAAAAUGGACUCACGAGGCCAGUUGCUGUCUGUUUUCCAUGUAGAAAUGCGAGAACCUUUGGGCCAUGUCACUUUUCGGCGUCCAGCCCCAGGUGUUGACAUCACUGGACUAGCAAAAGCAGCAGUGGCAGGUGAUGAACAUGCACUUGAUCUCUUAAGUUCUUGGAGGCCACGCACAGCUGGAGCCAGAACAAGUAUACAGGGUGCACAGCCUGAGAGCCUUUGCUUUUAUAUUGGUUCAUUUUCAGGAAAGAUAUUCCACUGUAAUGAAGAGGGCAUAUGUAUGGAAGUGUUGAGUACAGAUGGAUCACAACUGCGAAGAGUAUUGCACCAUGAGCAUUUACCACAACUUGCAGUCCUAACUGAUGUACCUAGUCUUGGACAUUUCUCUUGUGAACCAUCUGGGCAGCUCUCCGAAAUCGUCAAAGUGAAACUAGUAGGAAGACCUCAGGAUGCGUGUGCAGAGUGGGCUGGUCCUGGAUUGGUUGCCGUGGCAGCUGGUGAUGCUACGGUUCGUCUCUGGGACUUGGCAUCUGGGGAAAGCUGCAUUUUAUCUGCAGAUGCAACUGGCACUGUAACCUCCCUUGCUUACUGUCCACAGAAAGUGCUGCUCUGUGCGGGGACAUCUCUUGGACAAGUGCUGAUGUGGCGACGCACUACUGCUGAUGCUGGCAGUGGAGGGGCUACUGGCAGCUCUGGUGCAGAUUCUGACAACUGGAUAUUACUGCGAGGAUGUCAGCUGCAUGGUUCCAUCAAACAGCUUUCAUGGGGUGGCACUUUGCUUGCUGCCAAUACAAUUACAACAGUGUUCAUUUUGCGAGAACAGCGGUUGUGUGCAGCGUAUACUGACACAGUAUCAGCAGUACAGAUAUCUCCAAAUGUACUGCAAGUACAGACACUCCCACCUGCACCUAUGCACUACAUGGAACUGAAAGUUGAUCUACAAGUAUCUGGUGUAGCUGUGUCAUCACAACACAUUGCUGCUUGGAGUGCACGAACACUUGCUGUUUACCAGUUGCUACCACCCAGUGAGGGUGCUACUUCUGUUACAGCUGCUAAUAUGGCUGCCAAGUCUGUUGCAACAUUUGCAUGCGAAGUGGACACUUGUGUUUUGUAUGAAGAAAAUCUGGUGGUACUGUCAGUGGGUGCUAAACUGGACAUCCGCACCUUACAUGGCACUAUAAAGCAAACCCUAUCUCUUGGGGCAGCAGAAGGUCAGCCAAUUGUCAUGUCACUCUGUGGCUCCUUUCUGACUGUUGCUUCAUCUCUAGGAAUCGUGCGUCUCUGGAAUUUGUCACACAGAGAGGCUAAGCAGCAUGGGCGUUCUCGAAACUUGGAUGAUGAGCUCCCCGACUUUGGUGAGGUCAUGCUUGCUUGCAGUAACUGCACUGGCACACGGGUCUCCAUCACUGUAGCUAGAUCAAAUUUCCAACCUGACCCUCGUUUGUAUGUGUGGGACAUGGAAGCCGACACACUUUCCUGUUAUGAUACAGAUCUUGGUCGAAUGGACAGUUUAGGCAGUAAUGAAGAGCCUAACAGCCUUCCAGUGAUGAGUGGUGAUUCAGGAAUUUGUGCUGAGAUAAGGGGACGUCUAGUUGUUGUACAUUGCUGGGAUUGCGAGGAACCACGAUUACUAGUGUGUCAAGCAAAACGUAUACCACGUUCAAAAGAAGCUACUCUAGGUAGAGCAUCUUCAGCAACGGUCUCUGUAACUUCUGCUCAUGAAAAUUCUGCCCCAUCCAUCCCCAAGGAAGAUGUUUUGGUUACAUUUUUCUCAACGGAUGAAUCUGCACUUGUUCUGCAUGAUGUAAUAUCUCUGAAAUCUGAAUUUUCUAUUCUACUUGGAGUGCGCUGUCCGCAUUACAUCUUGCUGAGAAGUUCUGAUUGUACUCAGGAGCAGCAACCAGUUGAUACAUUGCUGAUGCGUGAUUUUGAAGGCCUGAGUGACUGUGAUAGGACAACUCGUGAUGCCAUACUUACUUUUAGUUACCAGUUGAGUGCCGGUAAUAUGGAUGAGGCCUUCCGCGCUAUUAGGGCCAUUCGAAGUGAAGCUGUGUGGAGCAGCCUCGCUCGUAUGUGUGUGAAAACUCGGCGCCUUGAUGUCGCAUGGGUAUGUUUGGGUCACAUGCAACAUGGUCGUGCAGCUUUUAUUUUGCGCCAAGCAGCCAAUGAACCAGAACUGGAAGCUAGGGUUGGAAUUCUGGCCCUGCAACUUGGUCUCAGGGAUGAAGCAAUGCAACUUUUCAGACAGUGUGGUCGACAUGAUCUUGAAGCACGUGCAUUGCGCAGUUUGGGCCAGUGGGAAGAAGCUCUUAAAGUGACGGAACAACAUGACAGAAUUCACUUACGUAACAUGCGCCAUCGGUAUGCACUGAACUUAGAGGCACGUGGUGACAGGCGAGCUGCUCUGCAAGCCCUAGAACGUGCUGAUACCCACCGAAGUCAUGCUCCAAGGCUGCUUACUGAUAAUCCUCGUGCUCUUGAAGCAUAUGUACUUCGUGACAGAGAUCCGCAACUACUUCGUUGGUGGGCACAGUACCUGGAAAGCAUGGGCCAGUUGGAUGAAGCGCUGUCUCUGUAUCGUGAAGCAAAUGAUUUCUAUUGUUUGGUACGUGUACUGUGCUUUCGUGGUGACCUGGAUGGAGCAGCAGAGGUUGCUCAAAGCUCUGGAGACCCUGCUGCCUGCUAUCAUUUGGCCCGGCAGCUAGAGUCUCAAGGGCAGUCAACAGAAGCAGUAGGAUUUUAUUCUCGAGCUCAUGCUUACAGCAAUGCUAUCCGUAUCUGCAAAGAACAAGGCCUGGAUGAUCAGCUCUGGAACCUUUCAUUACUAGCAGGACCUCGAGACCAACUUGACGUAGCCCGAUACUUUGAGAAGAGCUUUCCAGACCGGGCAGUUCGUCUUUAUCAUCGUGCUGGGAUGAUACAUCAGGCUGUUAACCUUGCAUUCAGAACACAGCAGUACAAUGCUUUGCAGUAUAUUGCUAUUGAUCUGGAUGCUAAAUCUGAUCCUGAAUUGGUACAAAAAUGUGCCCAAUUCUUUUUUGAAAAUAAGCAAUAUGAAAAAGCUGUUGACCUCUUGGCGGUGACAAAGCAGCAUGUAGAAGCAUUGGAGCUGUGCCUGGAACAUAAUGUUCCUGUGACAGAGGAACUUGCAGAGAAGCUGACCUUGGCAAAAGGGGAAACUGAUGAAGCAACAAGAGUGCAUGUUCUAGAGAAGGUGGCAGAGUGUGCUAUUGUACAAGCAAAUUAUCAUCUUGCUGCUAAAAAGUUUCUGCAAGCUGGAAGCACUGUGAAAGCUAUGAAAGCACUUCUGAAAUCAGGUGAUACUGAACGUAUUAUCUACUUUGCAACUACAUCACGACAACGUGACAUCUACGUAAUGGCAGCUAAUUACCUUCAGUCAUUAGACUGGCAAUCUGAUCCAGAAAUUCUAAAGAAUAUAGUUGCUUUUUACACUAAGGGUCAUGCUUAUGAUCUGCUUGCAAAUUUUUAUGUCGCUUGUGCCCAGGUAGAGGUUGAUGAAUAUCGUAAUUAUGAGAAGGCGUUAGGUGCUUUGGGAGAAGCAAGCCGCUGCUUGGCCAGAGUUACUAAUCCAAAAGACCCUUCACAGCAUGCGAGAGCAGUGGAAACAGUAACACAGCGAGCAGCACUUGUCAAGCGCUUUAUAGAUGUGUUGAGAUUAUUUGCCCGUGGUGAAAAAGAAACAGCAGAAACACAGUGCACAUCACUAAUACAUCAAAUAGAAGAAGGGCCAAGUCCGGAGGGUCCAUUGAGAAGAGGUGAUGUUCUUGCAGCUGUGGUAGAAGAUAGAGCUGCACGACAAGACUGGAAUGGAGCAAGGAACAUACUGGAUCAGAUACGGCAGUUAACAGGCGAUCCACCAGCACGUUAUGUGUCAAUCAGUACACUAGAAGCAAUUGCAAAUGGACUAGGUUUACCCUCUCCAAGUACACAGCCUGUUCAUGAAAUAGGAGAUGAAGAAGUUGAGGAAGAAGAAGGACUGGGCACGGGUGCAAGGCCUGGCACUAGCUAUGCAAGUAGUUAUGGGUAUCCACUGUAGUCACUGAACUAUUCUUACAAAUAGAAUCUGCUUGUUGUGUAUGUUAUCAUUAAAUGUUAUAGUUACUAUAUCUUGCAAUAAUGUGUGUGUCAGAAGAAAGCUGCAGGUUACAGCCCUUACUGGAAGGAAAAUCCAGCAGUAAUGUGAUAUUUUCUGUUACCCCGAAAAUAAAGUUAUGUUCCUUUGCUUUGACUGUGUGAUUCCAUGUAAAAUCAACUUCUUAGAUAAUUUACAGAAUUAUCAUUCCGUACAAAAUUUUAAUGUGCAAUACUUUUAGUGAAGUUAUGUUCCUUUCACUGGGUGAUUCACUGUGAAAUAAACUUCUAAGAUAAUUUCCUGAAUUAUCAUUCUGUACAAAACUUUAAUGUGCAAUACUUUUACUAUAAGUUUAAGGAAUUUGGUUUCAAACACCCUACAUUAAUGCAACCUAUGUUGGCAUUUCUAAAGGCUUCAUUCAGGGCAUUACCCUGUCAGAAUAAUUUCUUUAUCCUUUUGCCGUAUCUAUUUAAGUGGGUAAUGUUGGUCCAUAAUAUUUCUACCCAAUAGCCAUUUUCAGUAAAUGUUAUGUAUUUCCCACAAAAGUUUGAUGUCAGUACAGAUACACUUCUGUAUUUUAAAGUGGAUGUCAAAAUUUCUGUUAGAAAUUUGCAGCUCACCUGUGUGUUCUUCACUUGUAAAGUGGUGCUCCCAUUGUAAUUUUGGCUGGGCUCUUAGACUUUUGUAAUGAUUAUUUUUUUCAUGUGCGAUAAUUACUGCCUGCAGUUCUUUUCUCAUGUGUUCUUUUUUGUGACAUUUUCAUUUUACAUCUUAUUUUAUGUUAGGUUAUCAAGAACACCAUAAAGAUGAACAGUCAUUAAAUAUGCAAACUUCUAGACCCUUGAUGUAUCAUUAGAAAAUGGAAGUUAAUGUGCUUUCAGUAUCAUUCUAGCGAGGAGUUAGUUUGAUUUCUAAGUAUUCAUCUCUUGCCUGUCUCAGUAUGUUUUACUCAAAGUGGUUUUAGCAAAACGAUAUAUUCUCAUAAAGCAGCCAUAUGUUUAAUCACAGAUAUUGAAUAUGUUGUGUCUUUUCAUCCUUUUCAAGUUUUGGACAUUCUGUUGUAGUCUUUGAAUUUUUGCUUCGUAGGAACUCCUUUGUUUUAUUAUUAUUAUUAUUAGUAGUAGUAGUAGUAGUAAUAUUGAAGCUUGGAGUAGACCCUGUCAUAGCUGCUUCUAGUUUUGUCAGUGCUUUGAUGCUCAUUCCAGUACUACAUUCAUCUAUGCUUUUCAGUAAUAUGCUUAAGCGUAUCUUGUAAUACUGUAAUGCAACCAAUCAUUACAUCCUUAUUUGUAGAUUAUCCCACACUGUUCCUGCUAUGACUGCAUGUACAUGGAUUAGUAAUCCAACCUCCUUUCAAUGAUUCCAUUAUAUUCUUGCUUCUUGAUUUUACAGAGAUGGAGGAAGUCAUCAGUAUUAAUUCUGUGUCAGUAAGAAGUAACAUUGCUCUUCUUAAUUAUUUAGUAAGUUUACAUAAAUUAUGAAAUACACAUCCAUGUGAUAUACAUUCUGCCAGAAAGCAUUUU